AGGCAGGACGCGCCGAGCAGCUGCGGAACGCACCGAACAACCGGAGACCACGGCCAUAAUGCGGCACCGCCCGCAAACCCCGGCGCUGAUGUGACCGUUCACAGCCGGAGAAGGAGAGGCAGCGGCGGACACCGACACCACCACCUCCUCCUCUACCACCUCCACCACCACCUCGCCUCAUCUGCCGCGCCAGGUCGGUCGGUCGGUCGUCGUCUGUCUGGAGCCGGACAUGUCCUCUCUAAACCCAGACGAGGACCAGAAAUGGUUACCGACACACGUCCAGGUGACGGUGCUCCGAGGCAGAGGACUCCGGGGCAAGGGCAAGCACGGAACCAGCGACGUGUACACCAUCAUCCAGCGGGAGAAAUACUCGACCUGCGUGGCGGAGAAGACCACCGAACCGGAGUGGAGGGAGGAGUGCUCGUUUGAGAUGCAGCCCGGCGUCCUGGAGAGCCGGGACCGGGGCUCGUACCCGGCCGGGAGCAACGAGCUGGUCCUCACCGUCAUGCACCGGGCGCUCAUCGGGCUGGACGUGUUCCUGGGGCAGGCUGUGAUCCCCCUGGAUAAGCUCUUCCACGACAGCAGAUGCGUAAAAAAUGAGUAGGUUCAUGUGUCUGUGUCUAUGUGUUUGUUUGUGUGUGUGUGUGUGUGUGUGUGCACUGUAUGCGUCUGCACCCCCUUUAUGUGUUUUCCCAUGCACAUUGAACUCAUCAGGAUGUCUCUUGUCUUGUUAUGGUCUUCCUGUCCUCAUAGUUUGCUACACACUUUGCUCUGAGACAUAAACACAGCUGUCAAAUCUCCGGUGCUGCAUCAAGGCCCUGCAGACACACCCUCCCUCCUCCAUCAGACACUAAACUAACUCUGACCAACACACACCUCCACAAACCGAGCCCUUAAAACCUUCUAGAAACACCAGCUCAUCUCCUGGUGGG